CCAGGCCCCUCAGGUCCUCUCUGCGAAGAUGGGCUUAAUAGCCCAGAGAUGAUCAGCUUCUUGAAGUCGGCGCAGAAGUUCGACCUGUACAUCAUGGAGAGGUCGUUGUUGCCGUGCUUCUAUGGCGUGGCUCACGCAGUGGGUUCCCCACCGAUGGUGGGGUUCGUGACCCUCGGAGCUUACCCUUACACCCACUGGACGCACGGUAACCCGGACAACCCAGCCUAUUCACCCUGGUGGGCCCAUCCUUAUUCCGACCAUUUGUCAUUUUGGCAGAGGCUCUACAGCUCUUGCGUAUGGUUCUACUUCAAUUAUCUGUGGUUCAAUGUUGUGUUGCCGAAACACGACGCUAUAUUGAAGAAUAAUUUUGGUCCUGAAGUGCCGUCGAUAUUCGAACUGGAGAGAAAUUUCAGUCUGAUGCUCAUCACGAACCACUUCACCCAAAGCUACCCCAGACCGAACCUUCCGAAUUUCGUGGAAGUUACUGGGCUACACAUCCAGCCAGAUGUUAAACCUCUUCCCAAGGAUAUUCAGUACUGGCUGGAUGAAGCAACUGAAGGUGUUAUCUACUUCAGCCUGGGUACGAAUGUAUUGAGUAGCACAAUGCCACCAGAAAAGCGACGGGCUUUCCUCGACGCCUUCUCCCAACUGCCGCAGGGAGUGCUCUGGAAAUGGGAGGAGGACGACAAGACAGACCUGCCACCUAACGUCAAACUGUCCAAGUGGUUGCCACAACAGUCUGUACUUGCACAUCCUAACGUGAAGGUCUCCAUCACCCAAGGUGGCCUGCAAAGUUUUAAUGAAGCCACUUACUAUGGUGUUCCUUUAAUUGGGAUUCCAUUCAUGGGAGACCAGCACUACAACGUUGAAAAAAUGGUAACUGCCGAAAUUGGCUACAGACUGCAGUUCCGGCAUGUCACGAAGGAUACUGUUUUAGAGGCUAUACGAACGGUUCUUGAGAAUCCCAGUUACCAUGAAAACAUGAAGAGGUUGUCAGCAAUAUACCGUGAUCACCAGGCACAGUCGUUGCCACAAGCCAUCUGGUGGAUAGAAUACGUACUGCGGCACCAUGGAGCUCCACAUCUGCGAAGCGCUGCCAUGGAUCUCAGCUGGUACCAGUUGCUGUCGCUAGAUGUCAUUGCCUUCCUGCUGGCUGUCACAGCAAUUGCUGCUGUUAUGUUGCACUCACUGGCGAGCUAUCUAAUGUCUCACAUAUUUAAGACAAAAAAACACAAGACUCAAUGAUG